UCCCCCUUUUUUCUUUUCCAUAAGAUUAAACCGAGAUCUGAGAGGUAACCAAGCGCAAUGGCGGUCGCCUCCCCCAUCUACCCAAACGGACCCGCCUCGCUGCCGGAGCCCGUUCACGGCUCCGGCGACAGUGGUGGAGAACAAACUUCUUCUUCCGUUGACUUUGGAAGCCCUGAAACCCUAGCCCACAUACGAUCUCUCACCGAGGUCGGCGCCAUGACACGCCUCCUCCAUGAAUGCAUCGCCUAUCAACGUGGCCUUGACCUUCGCCUAGAGUCCCUCCUCUCUCAGCGCACGGACCUAGACCGCCACCUCAUCUCCAUUCAGCGGUCCUCCCAUCUCCUCGACUUAGCCCGCUCCGACGCUGACAUCCUUCUCGACUCCGUCCGCUCUACCGCCAACCUCGCCGACCAGGUCAGUCGAAAGGUACGCGAGCUCGAUCUCGCACAAUCCCGUGUAGAGUCCACCCUUUCCCGCAUCGACGCCAUCGUGGAGCGCUCCCACUGCCUCGACAGUGCUCGCCGCGCCCUUGAUUCCGAUGACUAUGAUUCCGCCGCAAGAUUCAUCCACACCUUCCUCCAGAUCGAUGCCCGCUUUCGUGACUCCGGAUCCGACCAGCGCGAGCAGCUCCUCGAGUGUAAGCGCCGGCUUGAGUCCAUUGUGCGCAAUCGCCUUGCCGCCGCCGUCGACAAGAGGGACCAUCCUACAAUCCUCCGCUUCGUCCGUGUAUUUCCUCCGCUUGGUCUUCAGGAAGAGGGCCUUCAGAUCUAUGUGUCCUAUCUCAGAAAGGUCAUUGCCCUCAGAUCCAGGCUAGAAUUUGAGCACCUAGCGGAGAUUGCGGAGCAGGGUAGCCACAUUACCUCCAAUUUGGGGCAGGGAGGCUCAAAUUUUGUUACAUGCCUCACUAAUCUCUUCAAAGACAUUGUUCUUGCCGUGGAGGAGAAUGAUGACGUCCUGCAUAGCCUUUGUGGUGAAGAUGGGAUCGUUUAUGCCAUUUGUGAACUACAAGAAGAGUGUGAUUCUCGGGGCACCCAGAUAUUGAAGAAAUACAUGGACUACAGGAAGCUGUUACGCCUUGCCUCCGAGAUCAACUCCUAUAGCAAGAACUUGCUAUCUGUUGGUUCUACGGAGGGUCCUGAUCCAAGAGAGGUGGAGUUGUAUCUGGAGGAAAUCCUCUCGCUCACGCAGCUGGGAGAGGAUUACACUGAGUUCAUGGUAUCAAAGAUCAGGGGAUUGAGUUCUGUGGAUCCUGAAUUGGGUCCACGAGCUACAAAGGCUUUUAGGAGUGGGAGCUUCAAUAGAGUGGUACAAGAUCUAACCGGGUUCUAUGUGAUACUUGAGGAGUUCUUCAUGGUGGAGAAUGUGCGGAAGGCUAUAACCAUUGAUGAGCAUGUGCCUGAUAGCCUUACAACCUCAAUGGUGGACGAUGUGUUCUAUGUAUUGCAGAGCUGUUGCAGGAGAGCUAUCUCCACUGGGAGUAGUAAUUCGGUCAUUGCCUUGUUGAGUGGAGCGAUCAACCUUCUUACAAAUGAGUACCAGGAUGCUCUGCAGCAGAAGAUGAGGGAGCCUAACUUAGGUGCCAAGCUGUUCUUGGGCGGUGUUGGAGUGCAGAAGACUGGCACAGAAAUUGCUACUGCUUUGAACAACGUGGAUAUCAGUGCGGAGUAUGUCUUGAAACUCCGUCAUGAAAUUGAUGAACAGUGUUCAGAGGUCUUCCCGGCAUCUGCCGAUAGGGAGAAAGUUAAAUCCUGCUUGUCUGAGCUGGGUGAGAUAAACAGCUCCUUCAAGCGAAUCCUAAGUUCUGGAUUGGAGCAGCUGCUAGCCAGCAUCUCCCCCCGCAUCCGUCCCGUUCUCGACUCAGUCGCCACCGUAAGCUACGAACUCUCAGAUACCGAAUACGAGGAUAAUGAGGUCAAUGAUCCAUGGGUUCAGAAGCUUCUCCAUGCAAUUGAGACUAAUGUAGCCUGGCUGCAACCUAUAAUGACAUCGAACAAUUACGACUCCUUUGUUCAUCUGGUGAUUGAUUUCACCGUGAAGAGGCUCGAUGUGAUCAUGAUGCAGAAAAGAUUCAGCCAGCUCGGCGGCCUGCAGCUCGAUCGGGAGGUGAGAGCUUUGGUCAAUCAUUUCUCGGAGAUGUCGCAAAGGCCUGUAAGGGAUAAGUUUGCACGGCUGUCACAGAUGACCACCAUCUUGAACUUUGAAAGGGUUUCUGAGAUAAUGGAUUUCUGGGGAGAGAAUGCUGGGCACAUGACUUGGUUGCUUACGCCUGCUGAUGUGAGAAGGGUUUUAGGUCUCAGAAUUGACUUCAAACCUGAAGCUAUUGCUUCUCUCAGGUUAUAAAAAAAAUAUUUCAGUCAUUUGAUAUUGAAUUUCUUCUCUUAUUUUAAA